GUCCUCUGGCAAUCAUGGAUACAAUACAACUAACAGUUAACGGGCAGCAGUACACUGUGGAAGGAGCAGAGGUGAGCUCCGACACGAUGCUGGUGGACUACCUCAGGCAGCACCUCGAGCUCAGGGGCACAAAAUUCAUGUGCCGUGAGGGUGGCUGUGGAGCCUGCAUCGUGACUGCCGUCAAAUCGCCUGGAGACCAGCCGGUCGCUGUAAACUCUUGCCUGGUGUCAGUAAUUCAAAAGACAUUGGCUGAGAAUAAUGGCACUCAGUGCGGACACUGCACUCCUGGUUGGAUCAUGGCUAUGUAUAGUCUUGCACGAAGCAAAAAGAAUUUAACCGAGUUGGAGAUCGAGAAAUCGUUUGCAAGCAACGUGUGCAGAUGCACAGGAUACAGACCAAUUUUAGCAUCAUUUAAAAAGUUUGCUGCUGAUGCUAAAAACAAUCAAAUAGCUGAUAUUGAAGAUUUGUAUGUCUGCAAAAAGAGCAACGAAGUUUGUAACAAAUCAUGUGACGAGUAUGAAUGGUGCUUUGUAAACGAUAAUUUGAAUCAAGAUGAAGUUAUUAAGAUAAAUCUUAAAGAUGGCAAAAAGUGGUAUAGAGUUACACAAGUAUCUCAAAUAUUUGAUAUUCUACGCGCUGAAGGUGAUGAAUCAUACAUGUUGGUUGUUGGAAAUACGGCAAAAGGAGCGUACCCAAUUGAUGAAUAUCCAGAAAUAUUAAUAGACAUAAGUGGAGUAUCUGAAUUAAAAGGUCACAUUUUUGACCAAAACUUGGUCAUUGGUGCGAUCACCACCCUCACCGAACUUUUGGAUAUAUUAGAAAGUGCUGCUGAAGAGAGAAGCGAUGAAUUUGGUUAUCUAAAGAAGUUGCAUGAUCACAUUCAGUUAGUUGCUACUAUACCAGUAAGAAAUGUAAUGGGUGGUGAAGUGAGCUCCGAUGUAAUGCUCCUGGACUACAUCCGGAGCUACCUAGAACUACGUGGCACAAAGUACAAUUGUCGAGAGGGUGGCUGCGGUGCCUGCAUUGUCUCUGCAGCCACUAGUCCUGGGGAGACUCCUAAAGCUGUCAACUCGUGUUUAGUGUCAAUUACAUCAUGUCAAGACUGGGAAAUCACGACGAUUGAAAAAGUGGGAAACAGGGGUGAUGGGUACCAUCCGAUCCAGAAAACUAUUGCAGAAAAUAAUGGGACCCAGUGUGGAUAUUGCACACCUGGCUGGGUUAUGGCUAUGUACAGUCUCGCUCAAAACAAGAAAGAUUUGACGAAAUUGGAGAUAGAAAAGUCUUUCGGCAGCAAUAUCUGCAGAUGUACUGGAUACAGGCCAAUUUUAGAUGGCUUGAAGAAGUUCGCAGUCGAUGCGGAUGACAAUAAAAUUGCUGAUAUAGAAGAUUUGUAUAUUUGCAAGAAAAGCAAUAAGCCAUGUACUAAAACUUGUGGAGAAGAAGACUGGUGUGUUAUUUCUGGCAAGAGUGGCGUAAUGGACGAUGAUGUGAUUAAAAUAGAACUUAAAGAUAAUAAAAAAUGGUAUAAAGUAACUGAGAUCUCCCAAAUAUUUGAUAUUCUGAGCAGCGAAGGCGAGGAUUCUUAUAUGUUAGUGGCAGGAAAUACAGCUAAAGGUGCGUUUCCUAUUGAUGAAUAUCCCAGUUGCUUAAUUGACAUAACUGGAAUAUCCGAGUUAAAAGGUUAUCAAAUUGAUCAAAACUUAAAUAUUGGCGCUAACACAACACUGACCGAGACCAUGGAAAUUUUCGAAGUAGUAUCUGGUGAACAAUAUUUCAGUUAUCUAAAAAAGCUACACGAUCAUUUACAACUGGUUGCUCAUAUACCCGUAAGAAACUUGGGAACUAUCGCUGGAAAUUUAAUGACGAAACAUAAGCAUCGGAGUUUUGCAUCUGAUGUUUUUCUCUUAUUGGAAACAGUUGGUGCUUAUGUGACUAUUGUGGAUUCACAAGGAUCUAGAGAAUCCAUGAACAUAUUAGAUUUCUUGGCAACAGACAUGACUGGAAAGAUACUGUAUAACAUAAUGUUGCCUCCAUUAAACGACGACGAGUACAAACUAGCAACGUUUAAGAUAAUGCCUCGAUCUCAAAACGCGCAUGCGAUAGUCAAUGCUGGUUUCCAGUAUAAAGUAAAAUCUGACAACACAGUGGAAGACGCCAGGAUUGUGUUUGGUGGUAUAUCUUCAACAUUUACACGAGCAUUUGAAACAGAGGAAUAUUUAGUGGGAAAACAACUUUUUGAGAACGAUACGUUGCAAGGAGCUAUUAAAAAGUUGGACAAAGAAGUUGUUGCAGUUGAAAAUUUGCCAGAACCUUCUCCUGAGUACAGAAAACAAUUAGCAAUAGCUCUAUUUUACAAGGGAUUAUUGACAUUAUGUCCUGAAGAUAAAAUAAAAGAAAAAUACCGUUCUGGAGCGAAAAGACUUCACGAGUCACGGCCCGUGUCGCAGGGACGACAAGAGUUCAGCACUGAUCCGAAAUUAUACCCUCUUAAUGAGCCAAUAAUGAAGGUGGAAGCUAUGAUUCAAUGUGCGGGAGAAGCAAAGUAUACGGAUGAUUUGCCAUCACUCCCUUACGAAUUAUAUUCUGCACUUGUAUUAAGUACAGUGGGACAAGGGGAGAUAGAGUCUAUAGAUCCAAGUGAAGCUCUGGCAAUUCCUGGAGUGGAAGCGUUUUACUCAGCCAAAGACAUUCCCGGCGAGAAUUCAUUUCAGUUAUUAGGUGAAAUCGUAUUCGUAAAAGGAGAAGAAGUAUUUUGUAGUAAAGAAGUUAAAUACUACAACCAGCCUCUAGGUAUUAUUGUUGCUGAAACAACGGCAUUAGCAGAAAGAGCAGCUAAGAAAGUAAAAGUUACAUACACCAAUGUUAGAAAGCCUUUGAUCGAUAUCAAGGAAGCUAAAGAAGAUAAAUCAAGAUACAAGCUGUUCUUGCCGCUCCCUAACAUAGGUAGAGGUCUUCUUAAUCACAAAGAGUUUAAAUCUAACUACACGAUUUACGGACAAUACCAUUUCCCAAUGGAAACGAUUGUGAGUAUAAGCCGACCUUCGGAAGACGGUCUAGCUGUUUAUUCGUCGAGCCAAUGGAUGGAUGCUGUACAGUAUACGACAGCUAAAGCUUUGAACAUUGAUCAUAAUAGGGUGGAUGUCUUUACUAACCGUCUUGGAGGUGGUUUUGGAUUGAAAAUAACUCGCAGCACUUUGGGGGCAGUCGCUUGUAGCAUUGCAGCGUUUAUGCUGAACAAGCCAGUCCGUUUGGUUCAGUCCAUGAGCUCUGUCACGAGAGCUUUGGGAAAAAGGCUACCUUGUUCCACUGAUGUUGAGGUGAAGGUUAGUAAGAGCGGUCGUGUGCAAUACAUGACUUACAACCUCUUUGAAGAUAAUGGUCAUGUUACCAGUGAAAUAAUAUCAGCAAUUGGAGUAGACGUAUACAACAAUUGUUACAAAAGCCUAUGGUGGGACUACAAAUGUUAUAACGCUACAACUGACACAGCUAAAAAUUCAUACUGCAGAGCACCAGCUUCAUUAGAAAACAUUGUUAGCGCAGAACACAUCAUGGAGCAAAUUUCCUAUGAGCUAUCCCUUGACCCCUAUGACGUACGCAUGACUAACUUAAACACACUAUUAUUUGGCGAUGUCAAAACCAUGGGAGAAGAAUUGAAAGAAAGGGCAGAAUACACGGAAAGAAGAGCCGCUGUUGAUAAGUUCAAUGCUGAAAAUAGAUGGAAGAAGCGAGGCUUGCGGUGGGCUUUUAUGAGAUACACGCCUCUUAGUCCAGCCGGCUACGAGGUGAACAUGGUAAUAUGCCAUGGAGACGGUUCCGUGGUAAUCAACCAUGGUGGUAUAGAGUUAGGCCAAGGCAUAAACACGAAAGCUAUCCAGAUUUGUGCUCACUUCUUCAAUAUUUCGGUUGAUAAAAUAAAAGUGAAAGGGCACAAUACUCUUACAGCGCCGAACAGUAUUUUUACUAGCAGCAGUAUAACAUCGCAGAGCGUGGGAAUGGGAGUCGAGAAAUGCUGUAAGGAAUUACUGCUUCGUUUGGCACCAAUUAGAAUUUUAUUGCUUAAUCCCUCUUGGGAGAAAUUGAUAAAACAGGCACAUUUCCUUAGAGUGGAUUUGCGAGCCCGAACAUUCGUCAAUGAUAUUUUAUCUCCGAUAUUCUUCGUAUAUGGGGUAACAUUGUCUGAGGUGGAAGUGGACAUACUGACUGGGGAGUCUGAGAUAGUUAGGGUCGAUUUGUAUGAAGAUGUCGGCAGGAGUGUCAGCCCCGAAAUUGAUGUUGGACAAGUGGAAGGUGCAUUCAUUUUCGGCCUAGGUUAUUGGACAUCUGAAAAACUGGUUUACGAUAAAGAAAACGGCGAAUUGAAAUCAGAUCGUUCUUGGAACUACCACGUCCCUCAAGCCAGGGACAUCCCGCAGGACUUCAGGAUAUAUUUCCGGGAGAAAUCUUACAGCGCGGCUAUUGUUUUAGGAGCUAAAGUGACUGGUGAGCCAGCUACCUGCAUGGCUGUAUCCGUUCCUUUCGCUAUGAGAGAAGCCGUGGCCUCUGCAAGAAAAGACGCUGGCAUCGCAACAACAGAGUGGUUCCCAAUAGACGGACCAUACACUACCGAGAAGCUAUGCAUGUCAUCUGGUACAAAAUAUGAACAUUAUAAGUUAAUGUAAUGUAAUCAAACAUUUUGCACGAAUUAGUAUUUUUAAAACCUAUAAAUGUAUUUAAACAAUAAUAAAUGACUGUUUGUUUAUCUCAUAAUGAUUUUUAAAAUUAUAUUAAACUAAAGCCCGUAUUUUUCUUUAUUACGAAACAUUAUUGCGAAAACAUGUUUAAUGGUGUAUAGUUUCUUAAGCAGUGGUUAUUAGUCU